AUGGUUCCACAUUCGCGUAUAACGUGGAAGGAAGGAGCGAAGGAAGGUCUCCGUCCUAGCAAAAGGGACGACGAGUUGGUGAACCCUGGAUGUGGCAGCUCUGGUGGUGUGGCCAUGUGGCUGUGCCCAGGGCUGGCGGAGUGCAGUCAGGCCAUUCCAGAGACCAUUCCAGAGACCAUUCCAGAGACCAUUCCAGAGACCAUUCCAGAGACCAUUCCAGAUACCAUUCCAGAGACCAUUCCAGAGACCAUUCCAGAUACUAUUCCAGAGACCAUUCCAGAGAUCAUUCCAGAGACCAUUCCAGAUACCAUUCCAGAGACCAUUCCAGAGACCAUUCCAGAUACCAUUCCAGAGAUCAUUCCAGAGACCAUUCCAGAUACCAUUCCAGAGACCAUUCCAGAGACCAUUCCAGAGAUCAUUCCAGAUACCAUUCCAGAGACCAUUCCAAAUACCAUUCCAGAGACCAUUCCAGAUACCAUUCCAAAUACCAUUCCAGAGACCAUUCCAGAGACCAUUCCAGAUACCAUUCCAGAGACCAUUCCAGAUACCAUUCCAAAGACCAUUCCAGAUACCAUUCCAGAGACCAUUCCAGAGACCAUUCCAGAUACCAUUCCAGAGACCAUUCCAGAGACCAUUCCAGAGACCAUUCCAGAUACCAUUCCAGAUACCAUUCCAAAGACCAUUCCAGAGACCAUUCCAGAUACUAUUCCAGAGACCAUUCCAGAGAUCAUUCCAGAGACCAUUCCAGAUACCAUUCCAGAGACCAUUCCAGAGACCAUUCCAGAGACCAUUCCAGAGACCAUUCCAGAGACUAUUUCAGAGACCAUUCCAGAGACCAUUCCAGAGACCAUUCCAGAGACCAUUCCAGAAAACAUUCCCUCUCAACCCAAAGCCAAUUCCAGCAUUCCACCAUUCUACCUGAGUCAGUUCCAGCCUUCCAGCAUUCCAACAUUCCAGUAUUCCAGCAUUCCAGUAUUCCAAAAUUCCAGCAUUCCAGUAUUUCAGUAUUCCAGCAUUCCAGCAUUCCAGUAUUCCAGCAUUCCAGUAUUUCAGUUCCAGAUUCCAGGCUCCACAAAGUUCCAGGAUUUGUUUCAGAUUCCAGGUUCCAAGUGUUCCAGGAUUUUGUACUGGUUUAUGAUUACAGAUUCCAGUUUUGAGAUUCCAGCAUACAUUCCUUAUAACCCAAGAGAGCUAUUCACUUCCAGGCGUGUCUCACUGUUCCAGGAUAAACUACCCAUUCCAGGAACACAUUUAUAUUCCAAAUUCCCAAUUCCAGGAAGUUCCAAAGAUUCUACAGUUCCCGUGGAGAGUUGUAUCUUCAUAGCUAAUAAUGCUACAGCAAAACCAGAAUGUAGUGAUCCUUAG